AUGAAGUCGUUCAAGGCGGAAGUGUUGAAGGCGGUGACGGAGGCCACACAGCAGUCGUUUGUUGCGUCCGAGUUAAAGCUCAUGACCGAGGUGAUCGGCAAUGUGGUGGCUGGUCGGCGUGGGUCGUCGCCGUCGGCCAAUGACGCCGAUCCCGCGGCGCGAAGGGAGGCCGACAAGCAGGGCCAGAAAAGGGCGGGCGGCGGAGAGGACGCGACGAGCGUGAAGCGGAGCAAGGUGGGGCCAGGCGGCUCGCGGACUGGAGGUCAGAGCGUGGUCGACCAGCUCAAGAAGAACGGGGCCAAGGUGAUAAGGUCGCACAGCAAGGGCGAUGGAAUCGGGAGUGCAGAUGGGGGCCCUGCCGACGAGGUUGCCGCUCAAGACGAUGGACCAACAGCCUCGCCCUUGGUCGCCGACAAGGAGAUCCCACCCGCUCAGACGGCGAAAGAUGGCGGCGCCAGAACCGUCAAGGGACCGUCUGUCGAGGUGGCGGGGACCACGUCGAUUCCCCGUAAACCCCCUGCGGCUAGCAGCGCGCCUGUCGGCCCGUCAGCCGCCAACAACGAUGGGCCGGCCCUUGCGGCUACUCCAGCUCCAGCAGGCCCGUCUGCCGCCAAGGGCGACGCGAAGGAUGCCACUAAGGAGCCCGCAGCGGCGAACGCGCUCAGGGAAAUGCUCCACCGCAUGGAGGCCCAUCGCCGGGACGUGCAGCAGCCUCCCUUGGUCGACGCCGCCCCCGCCGAAACUGCACGUCCUUCGGUCACUCCGCAUGUCGCCGCCUCAGCAUCCAUAGCCCCACCUACAGCGCCUCUGCUCGCCGACCGUCCUCCAGCGGACCCAAAGUCCGCAUUGCUUCGCGCCCGGUUAGGCGCACGUAGUGCGGCAGCGCCAACACGGACUCAGCCGGAAGCCGGCUCAAGCGCGACGCCGACGUCGGUAAACGUGGCUGCACCCACACCCGGUGCAGCUGUUGUCGAUGCGGCGGCGGAGAAGGGCGUGAGGGCAGCGCUAGCCACCGGCGGAGCCGUUGCCCCUGCACAGGCGGCGAAAGGCCAAAACGACGCCGAAAUCACUGCCAUACAUGACCUCUCAGGAGAUGCGCACCACGACGCGCUCUUGCCGGCGAUCUGGUUCCCCGUCGUCGCCGACACGAAGGAAGGCCAGGAGAAGGCGGAUGCUAUGAUGUCGGCCAUGAUUGCCCGCGUGUCCAUGUGCGCUGCGUAUGGGAAGAACGACGACGCCGAGGUGGUCGAUGCUGUGGGCAAAGGGAAGGCGGCGGCGAUGGUGGUCGGUGCGAGCGAGAUGACCGCCGAUGUCUUCUUGAAGGUCAUGCAGGCGGUGCUGGAUGUCAAGAUCGACAGGGAGCAACCCCUCGGGGAGGUUGCGCACAACGUCGCGCCGGCGCUGCAGAGUUCCGCUCUGCAAAGGGCCUAUCCGGGGGUGGAGGUCAAAGUCGAAGCCGCCGUGAUGGCUAGAGCGAUGGUGGAGACCAUGGCGUUCUGGGGAAUGUGCCCCGUCGCCGGGCCGAAACUGGAAGAGACCGGCAUCGCGGUGCCGUGUGACGCGCAGAUGGAGCACGACUUUAAAGAGAGGGGGAGGAAGGGGCAGAGGGGCAAGCAGGGCAAGAGCAGCACGGGGAAGAAGGGGAAGAAGGGCAGGAAGGGCAAGGACAGCACGGCGGCGUAG